AUGGAUACUGGGGCCACCAAGGUCCCACACUGGGUCUUCCACCUCGAUGGGGACACUAUGCUCACACGCUUGGACCUUGAACUGAGCCACUUCACCGAUGCUUGGCUGGGCAAGGACCUCGUGUUCUACGAGCGCUUCCACACUGGUGAGAUCAUGGCUGGCAACUACGCCUUCCGCAUCUCCGAAAGAGCCACAAGCUUCCUCCUCGGCUGGGACGCAUGGCACACUGAAGCCAAGGGCGUAAAGUUCUCCAACUCAGACAAUGGCAUCCUCCAUUUCCAGCUGCUGACGACGGUGCAGGAUGAGCUGAAGUUUCCUCAAGGCCCAUGGUCAAACUUCAGCGCUGCUUUAUCUGACAUAAGAGAGAAGUACCAAGAGUCAAAAGACAUCCCGAAGUACGACCGCUUUUUGGCCCUCGUCAAGCUUGCUCUUGGUCCGAGACGCGACUUCAAGCAUGUUCUGAUCGCUCGUCGCGGGCAAGGAUUUUGCGCAGACGAUGUGUACGGCGACCGAAACAUCCAUGAAGCUGGGGAGUGGGCAUCGCACUUCAAAAACUCAGAUUUGGCGCUCGUAGAAGACGGAGGAAUCCAAGCUCUCAUAGAGGACGAGAAGUCCGAAGACGAAGGUGUCUCCAAUUCGGGUAGUGCCGAGUCGGAGCCAGAUGGGAAUCCGAGGACGGCGCCUCUCCCCUUCCUCAGCAAGUUUCUCAACCAGCUGGUCCUCGGCCAAGGCGGCGCUGCCUUGGAGGGCGACGAGGAACUUCAGGGAGAGGGCGAGAAAGAGCGUAGGCCUGCGAAGGACUGGGCGAACACCGCCUCGGACUUGGACCGAAGCGUGAGGGCAACCGGUUGCACCGAACUUGUCGGAGGGCCUGGUGGUUUGGGUGGUGGUGGAUGGUCCCCUCGGCGUGUUAAAUGGGCAGUGAUGGUGGGUCGUGGUUUGCUGGUGGAGGCGAUCGCGUUCUUGGUGAAAGUGGAGUCGGACAUGAUGGCAGUGAAGUUAGGGGUGGUGGUAUUGGAGGUGGAAGGGGUGAACAUGAAGUUGGAUGUGGCAGAAGUGAAGCAAGUGGUGGUACGGCUGGUGGAGGAGAAGUUAAGAGCCUUGUCGCUUGGCCUGGACGAGCUGUUCGAGAAGUUUUCUUGGUAUAGCGAAGAGGACCAGGUCACUGCGGUCAAUCAGGAUGUGGCCGCUGCCGAUAGUCAUGCGAGAAGCAUAGCCGACGCCGAGAACGUGAACUUCAUCGACGACGGACGGAAUAGUGGAAGGACGGGAAUGGAGAUGGAUAGCAGUGCUGAUAGAGAUCGCCUCGACCUCAGUUUCUCAGGACCACCCCCAGGACUGACGGAUAGAAACUUGGAGAUCGUGGCGGCGAUGGAUAGUGUGGGGAGGACUCCGACGCUUGCUAUCGAGGAUCUGGCUGGAAUAGAUGAAAGGAUGGAAGAGGGACCGUUCGUCAUCCCCUCCGAGCCUGUAUCCCACGGGAUGAAUUACGAGUCAACGGGAGGUGCCAAGGGAAUCACUGGUUCCAGGUUAGAAAUGGCGAUCGAGGACAGAGUGGAUAGUCUUGCAGUGUCAUCAUCGUCAGAUCAUGAUAGGACGAUCAGGAGGAAUGAUGAUGGAAUAGAUGCGAUGAUGCCCAGUGGCGAGCUCGGUGCGGAGGGCGAUCGAACGAGAAGUGCGGAUAGCGGACAUUGGAUGGGCAGAGGGAAUGGAGAUGAUCUCGUUCCAGGAGUGUAUUCGAAUAGUGCGACCAUGAUUGGGAAUGUCGGUGCCGAUCCUACAGACCUGGAGUUGAUAGCUAAGGGAUCGUCAGCGGUAGCGCAGAACGUGGUCAGUGAGAGCGAUGAUAGAGCACUGUCUGUAUUUUCAUCUACAGGUCUCUCGGAGGCAUCACCAGGCGGGAACGUUGAAGCGUUGAAGGAUGUGAGGAUGGGUCAGACUACGACGAUCGGAAUAGAGUGGGGAUCCCAUGGAAUCCGGAGUACGCUCGAGGAAACGGGGGUCAUCACUGACAUGGACUUUGCGAAGUUCUUCACAGAUCAGGGGCCAGGAGAGCCUGGAUCAACGCCCAUGACGAUGCAAUCGGAUUCGCAGGAACGGUGGAACGCUGGGAUAUAUGGCAAGAUGGAUGAGGGACUGCGUAAGCAACGAGCGGAGCAGGCCGUUAAGGAGAUGAACCAGAUAGCCGAGAGCGUCCCCGCAGCGAAAAAGUCGAAAUCGACAGAAAUUGGGGGACCGAUCCAUCAGGCAGGAAUGAUCACCCCGGACCAGGGUAGCGAAGGAUGGGGCAAUCGAUCCCCGGCUCCACGGUCUCCUGGGAUAGGUGGGCAGUACGAGCAUUUCGGGAUCGAUACUCCUCCUGAAGGACGAGGCAGGAACGACGAGAUGAGGGCAACAUCAUCCCCACCCAGGCGGGCAAAGAUGAGAGCUCCUGCUGAUCCGGACAAGUCGUCGUUGGGAGAGAUAGAUGGCAGGAUAGAUGACUUGCAGACGGUGGUUGUGGACACGCAGACCGACGUAGCCAAGCUUAAGGUGGCAAGCGAAUGUGCAAGUGCAAUUGCUAAUAGCUCAGCGGAAAAGGCGGACGUCGUGAGCAAGAGAUUGGUGGAAUGCGAGGAGGAGGUGAAGCACUGGAAAGGUUGGAUAGAAUCGCAGCAGAUAGAUACCAAGACAACACUGUCGCAGGAGCUGAAAGAGAUGAGUCGGAUCAUGGACGGGAGCGUCAGCGAGGAUAGGAUGGAUGAUGCAAUGGCUCCGCAACUGACCGAGGGAGCAAUGCAGCUCGCACGGAGAAUGAGACGGCAGGUUGAAAACGUGAAGGUGCUCAAGACCUCUGUUACGACUAGAUUGAAGGGAGUGGAGGAGCGAUUGUCCACAGCGGAGCAUUCAGCGGACAUAGCCAAACAGAGUACCGGGACGAAGAUCACCACGUUAGAGACAGGAUUGAACGAGGUGAGACGUGGCAUAGGUGUAGUCUUCUCGAGCAUGCAAAUGCGACACGAGAAUGGAACAUGGAAGAACGAGAGACUGGAUAAAGUAGAGACGGUUUUGAAUAGACAGUGGGACCAGAUCAAGAUAGCGGGCGAGGAACUAAGGAAGCUGAAGUCCAAGGGGAGCCAGAAAGCCGGAACAGAUACGGCAUCGUCGUCACAUUGCAACAGCCAAGGAAAAGGUCCUGGAUGCGGAUGCAGAGAACCUGGCGAGGGUCACGGCACGUGCAUAGAUGGGGCAGUGCGGGGCGAAACCAAGAAGCUGAGUGAAGUGGUUCUGGCGCAGAAGGAACACAUAAUGACCGUCGCGAGAGAGGUGAUAAAGAACCGCAAAAGCGUGGCUGAGAUUGUGGCGAACAUGACAAAGGUUCACAAGACUUGCGAGAAUGUCGCUGCAAGGACCGAUCGGAUGGAUGAGAAGAGAAACGGAGAACAGGCCUGGGUGAAGGAUACCGUGCGAAAGAUGGAAAAGACAAUGGAAUCAAUGUCGAGCCGUAUGAUAGAUGAGCAGAAGAGAGUCACGGGCGAAUUUAUCCUUGUCAAUGCUCGAAUUGAUGAGAGCGCACGGAACGAAGGGGUAGGCAAGAUGCGAGGAAACAGCGCGGAGAUAGGAAAGCCACCGACCAUGUCACGCGGACGAGAUAGUCACGGUGGGAGUGGGGGAGCCGACGGAAGAGCCAGGAGCGACAACGCCCGAGGGAUAGAGGCUUCGAGGCCGGAGUUGGCAGGUCCUGUGGUAGAUCGAAGGAUUGAGAAUAGAUGCAUUGUGUUAGAACAGCAGGUGACCAAGAUCACUAGUCAAUUGCAGGGGUUGACCACUGUGAACGAGCGGAUCGUGAGGGAGAACGCUAGCCUGCUCAGUGAGAUAGAAAGCGUGAAGGGGGAGAACAAAGGAGUGACAGAAUCGGUAGCGCGGAUGAUCCGGGAUAAUAGAGAUGAGGUAUCUAAGAUGAGAGCGGAUCUCGAUCUUCGUAGUAGAGAAAUGAUUGAACUCAAAGAGAAGAACGAGCAGUUGGAGGCAACGGUACGAGAGUAUGAGCGGAGACUGGAGCAGGUGAAACGAAACGAUAGCAUUAAAGCAGAGCUGGAUAGCAUGUGGAAUAGAAUCGGUGAGGUCGCCAAGCAGAGCUCCGAGUACGCUAUGCCGGCGCCGGCUGUGGGAGGUGCUUCGAACGCUGGCUCCGCAAGACCAAGUGCCGGUGCCACGCCUGCUGCGGAAGAGAAGUGUGUGGUAAUUGCUAUGAAUACCAUGAUGACUUGUGCAUGUUGUGCUCCACUGAUAGACGGGGAUGCGAUGCCGGAGGGUAUGCAGGGACAGGACUUCCAAGGCGGAGGGUAUAACAAGUUCAAGGACACCAGAGGGAUGGAGAAAUGCAACGAGAUAUCGAUAGCGAAGGAGCCAUCAUCCGGGGAAGUAGGACUGUGGCUGGGCGAUGUUGCACACACUGCGAAGGCUGCGUAUCUGUAUGACGGGGACUAUGCAUACACGCAGGUAUUGAGGGUGCGCGAAAGGAGCGAAGCGAUGAUAGACAUGGAACUCAAGUAUCCUGCGUUAGAGAACCAGCUUUUUAGCGGAUUAAAGAGAGCAAUAAAGUCAGAGUCAUUGUCGGCGAAGGUGAAGAUGGAGAUGUACAAGACUCAGCAAGUGGGGGAUGGAAAGCCGAUGACGGCCAUGAGAUUGCUUACGCUGAUAGUAAAGCAUGUUGAGAUCCCGAUUGCAAAAGAGAGUCAGGUGCUGUACGAUGGCCUGAGUAGCACGAAGGUGAUGAGUUUCCCGGGGAAGCCCGAAGAGGAGGCACUGGAGGAGUUCAUGACUAGAUGGGAUCUAGCGCACACGAACCUUAUAGGACUGAAAGGCAAUACCUGGAGCGAGCAACAGCUGGGAUGGAUGUUGCAUUCGAAAGUGCAGAGAGUUCAGGUGCUGAACCACGAUAUUGAGGCAUGGAGACUGCUUCCGGACGAGGCCAAGACUCAUACCUGGUUGCGAAAGAGAAUCAAGGAUAGACUGGAGAUGUGGAGAGCGGACAAGAACAUAGACGAGGCAUCAAUGCGGGUGAGUCGACAGGCAUUCACGAGUGGGUACGAGUUCAUCGCCCGCAGGGGGAAAUAG